AUGUCACGGUGAGUGGCAGUGAAGAAAAAUCUCAGGUUCAGAACGGGAACCUGUAUUUUGGAUAUAUGUCUGUGGAUCUGAAUUAUUUCCAAACGAAAACCUCAGGGGACAAGAAGAACCAACGCAAAGGGGUAGAAAGUGAAGUGCAAAGAUGCCUUAUGUACUCAUCAGCACACAAAUCCGACUGGAGACAGGUCCCACAAUGGUUGGGGAUGAAUAUUCAGAUUCAGCGCUAAUGGACUAUUUAGGAGCCAGAAAGACUACAAUGCUAGGGAACAACUUUUCUGAAUACCAUGUGGACGAGCCACCUCGAGUGAUUCUAGACAAGCUUGAGCAGGCUGGCUAUCGGCUGGUGAGCAUGACGGGGGUGGGCCAGACACUGGUGUGGUGUCUACACAAGGACACACUAUGAACAACAUGGGGCGCCUGCUAGCCAACAAGCGCAAGGACCACGGAUUUAACUAGGCUGUCCUUUUACAUACUUUCAUCUCAAUGUCCCAUAAUAGUGAAGAGCCAAGUGAAGUGUCCCAUAAUAGUGAAGAGCAUAUACCCGUAUUCCUUUGAACUUAAGAUGCACUUUUUUAACUUCAAUUCUUAAAUUAAAGUACAGUAGGUAUAUUAAAAAUGCCAACAAAAGAUGUGACUCCCUGAGUAACCAACCACCAAUGUGACUGACUGCCAAGAAAAGACAAACCAAAAUGUUACUGCCUGAUCUCGAAUCAUCCAUGACAUACGGGCAGCCAUUUUCAAAGAAGCGUCAUUAGCUUACUGAGAAAUUCAUUGAGACGCUUUUACAAGUUCAGUUUUUCUAACAAACAGUACCAGCUUGGACAGAUCGGAAAUGCUGUUCAGACCCCGUAUUUUUUGACAUGCCAAGCAAU